CAUCUUCUUCUUCUUCUUCUUCUUCCCGACUCCUCCUCCCGACAAGCCCCCCAAGCCACCGACUCUCUACCCCUUGAAAACCUGGUGAGAUCUUGAUGAAUUCUCCUUCUUUCUUGUUCAAUAACAAGAUUUGGGGGCUUAGAAUCGUCCCUCUCAACCCAGAGAAUCCCGAAUCUGCUCAGCUCUUCUCCCCUGUCCGUCGGCUGCCAUGUGGGUGUGAGGUUUUUGGGCUUUUUCUGAGCCGUGAGCUUCUUCCCCCAAAAUCCCGUCAGCUCCCAUGCUCGCCUGGUGCGGGUUCUAUUGGCCGGAAAAAAAAGAGAGGAAUUCCGGUUCCUGAUCGUUCUGUCAAUUUAGCAUUGAGAUCGAGCCUUUGGUUUUAAGCGAGUGAGGUAAGUAAAUUUAUGGUAAUGCCCGUACUGUUUUUAAAAGCAUGUUUUGAUUUGUUUUUGAAGUGGUGGCGGGACUAAACCCGUUUUACACAAGUGUGACUGAUUUGAAGUGGAAUUUUUAUGCUUUUCAUUAAAUUGAGCAUGCCUACUUGGAAUUUAAUUGAUUGUCCUGAUGAUCUGAAAGUGAUUGGUGAAUUAUGUUUUUCUGUUAACUUCAGCCUGUUUUGUCUUCGAUAUGGUCAUGUUAUUUUGUAAUCCUGCUAGUGGGGUUUAAACGCUAGCACAUGUCGAAAUGUAUUUCUGUAGAGCCGGUUCCUCUUGCUAGUGGGAGUUGUUAAACACUGGAAUUUUUGUAAUCCUACUAGUGGGGGUUAAACACUAGUACUUUCUGGCGCCUGCCAGUGGGUUGUUAUAACACUGGCUGUGACCUAUAGAGGAGACGUCUAUUUCGUUCCCGUACUUGUAUCUGUUUUUCUGAUUGCACUUGUUGGCAUGCUAUAAGUUUAAUUGACUACUACUGAACUUUAUUCUGCAUAAUGGUUCAUCAUUGAACAUUCUGUUUAUGUUUAAACUGUUUAUCUGAAAUGCUCAAAUUUUACCCACGGUUAUCCAUACAUUUACUUAUUGGGAUAUUUUAUCUCAUAGUUUUCCCUUGUCCACCAUUUCAGGUAGUAUGACCCGAGACACGGAGAUCAAGGGGAGUGACGAGUUAAUUGGCUAGCUAUUGCAUUUGGAUAUAGAUUUUGAGUUUAGAUUGUCCUUGUAAGUUAGAUUCAUUAUUUUGAGUUUAAGUCAUGUUGGACACAGAUUUAUGGAAUAUAUUAUCAUUCUUGGAAUAUAGAUUGUACUUUGAA